GUUCGCUGCGUACAUACGGCCCGUGAAGAUGGAACGAAGGCCAUCAUUGAGGCAAUGGCGAAGGGUCUCCGACGCGAGGAGGCGCCGGACAGACGGUUUAGGACGGAGCUGGGCUUCGGCCUCUCAAAGUUGAAGAAGGGUGGUUAUGAUGCCGACCGCUUGGGAGAGAUCACCAGGAUGCUCCGUGCCACAGUCUAG